GCAGCUGGGUGGGAGGCAAGCACCAUCAUUAACAAUGGGAAAGAUUGCAUUCUUCGAGGAUAAGAAUUUCCAAGGCCAAAGCCAUGAGUGCAGCACUGACUGUCCUGACCUGCGCUCUUGCUUUGGCUGUUGCAACUCCAUUAGGAUGGAGAGUGGCUGCUGGGUGCUGUACAAGCAUCCCAACUACACUGGCAACCAGUACAUCCUGAGCUCCGGGGAAUACCCCGAUCAGCAACAUCAUCAUCUUGAUAGCAUCAAGUCAUGUCGCUCUAUCAAAAAUGUAUAUGGAAAGUCCUGGAAGAUCCCAUUCUACGAACGGCCAAACUUUGACGGCCAAUCUUUGGAGUUGACAGAAGACAUGAAGUCUAUCCAGGAGAAAUGGCUCAGACGUGAAGUCCAGUCCUGCAAGGUCCUGGAGGGCUCCUGGAUCUUCUUUGAACAUCCCAACUUCUGUGGUCGGCAGUACCUGCUGGAGAAAGGGGAGUACCGACACCACUCGGAGUGGGGAGCUCUCAAACCAACUGUGGGCUCCAUCAAAAUAAUCAUUGAGCUGUGAAAUUCAACCUGUUAAAGUCUCUUGUAAUGAUCCAUUGACUUAACAUUAAAAUUUGACCCUAAUGUU